GUGACAGGGUGUGGUCUGCCUGGAGCGGGCGACGUGGGAGAGCGGGGCAGAGGCCUGGGGCUGCGGAUGGUGCCGCGGCGUGCCGGGUGCGGGGGACAGCGCGCAGCUGAGCGGAGGCGAGGGUGUCCCGGGCUCGCCAAGUGCCCAGCUCCAAGCUGCUCCAAAGCCUUCGCGGACCGCGGGGCCGGACACCUGCGAGUGAGGAGCGAGUGGCGCUCAGUCUUCCCGGCAAGCACUGUGAGAACUGCAGACCAUCAGGAAUAAAAAGGACCUUGGCAACCAGAGGCCAUCACAAGACAUCAACAAAGGAAAGAGCUGGGAUCAAAGGAGGGAAAGGCACAGUGUCCACCCGGAGGAUCUCCAACCUGAGCAGAUGCCAGUUGACAUGGGAACUCUGAGGAGAGCAAUUUAAGGAUUUUCACAUUUGCUUGCCGUGGUUUUGCCAAGACAGAAUAAUCUCCAAGGUAGCUAGGUGGGAUUUCUGAGGAGCGGCCCUCAGAUUUCUUCUUGGCCAACCAUGAGGUUCUUUCUGCUAUGGUUCUGCGUGCUGUUCCUUCUGGCCUCCAGGUUACGGGCGGUCAGCUUCCCUGAAGACGACGAGCCCCUUAACACUGUUGAUUAUCACUAUUCAAGGCAAUAUCCGGUUUUUAGAGGACGCCCUUCAGGCAACGAAUCGCAGCAUAGGCUGGACUUUCAGCUGAUGUUGAAAAUUCGAGACACACUUUAUAUUGCUGGCAGAGAUCAAGUCUAUACAGUGAACUUAAAUGAAAUCCCCAAAACAGAGGUCAUACCAAGCAAGAAGCUGACGUGGAGGUCCAGACAACAGGAUCGAGAAAACUGCGCGAUGAAAGGCAAGCAUAAGGAUGAGUGCCACAACUUCAUCAAAGUCUUUGUUCCAAGAAACGAUGAGAUGGUUUUUGUCUGUGGUACCAAUGCUUUCAACCCGAUGUGUAGAUACUAUAGGUUGAAUACCUUAGAGUAUGAUGGGGAAGAAAUUAGCGGCCUGGCACGCUGCCCAUUUGAUGCCCGACAAACCAACGUUGCCCUUUUUGCUGAUGGGAAGCUCUAUUCUGCCACAGUGGCUGACUUCCUGGCCAGUGAUGCUGUCAUUUACAGAAGCAUGGGGGAUGGAUCUGCCCUUCGCACAAUAAAAUAUGAUUCCAAAUGGAUCAAAGAACCACACUUUCUUCAUGCUAUCGAAUAUGGAAACUAUGUCUAUUUCUUCUUCCGAGAAAUCGCUGUGGAACACAAUAACUUGGGCAAGGCUGUGUACUCCCGCGUGGCUCGCAUUUGUAAGAACGACAUGGGUGGCUCACAGCGGGUCCUGGAGAAACACUGGACUUCCUUCCUGAAGGCUCGGCUUAACUGCUCUGUCCCCGGAGAUUCCUUUUUCUAUUUCGACGUCCUGCAGUCCAUCACAGACAUAAUACAGAUCAAUGGCAUCCCCACCGUGAUUGGGGUCUUCACCACGCAGCUCAACAGCAUUCCCGGCUCUGCAGUCUGUGCCUUCAGCAUGGACGACAUUGAGAAAGUGUUCAAAGGGCGAUUCAAAGAACAGAAAACCCCUGACUCUGUUUGGACGGCAGUCCCCGAAGACAAAGUACCAAAACCAAGGCCUGGCUGUUGUGCCGAACACGGCCUCGCGGAAGCUUACAAAACUUCCAUCGACUUCCCAGAUGAGACCCUGUCUUUCAUCAAAUCCCAUCCCCUGAUGGACUCUGCUGUUCCGCCCAUCGCUGAUGAGCCCUGGUUCACAAAGACACGGGUCAGGUACAGGUUGACGGCCAUCGAAGUGGACCGUGCAGCAGGGCCCUAUCAGAACUACACAGUCAUCUUUGUUGGCUCUGAAGCUGGUGUGGUGCUUAAAGUACUGGCGAAGACCAGUCCCUUCUCUUUGAAUGACAGCGUAUUGCUUGAAGAGAUUGAAGCAUACAACCAAGCCAAGUGCAGCGCUGAGAGCGAGGAGGAUAGGAAGGUCGUCUCAUUACAGUUGGACAAAGAUCACCAUGCUUUAUACGUGGCCUUCUCCAGCUGCGUUGUGCGCAUCCCCCUCAGCCGCUGUGAGCGCUACGGAGCCUGUAAAAAGUCCUGCAUUGCCUCACGGGACCCGUACUGUGGCUGGUUAAGCCAGGGCGUUUGUGAGAGAGUGACCUUAGGGAUGCUCGCUGGAGGAUAUGAACAAGACAUGGAAUACGGCAACACGGCCCACCUAGGGGACUGCCACGAAAGUUUGCCUACUUCAACUACACCAGAUUACCAAAUAUUUGGCGGUCCAACAUCUGACAUGGAGGUAUCUUCAUCUUCUGUUGCCACUGUGGCAAGUAGCCCAGAAAUUACAUCUAAAGUGGUUGAUACCUGGAGACCUAAACUGACGAGCUCCCGGAAAUUUGUAGUUCAAGAUGGCCCAUACACUUCUGAUUUUACUGAUACUAUAUCAGGUAUCCCAAAGGGUGUACGGUGGGAAGUUCAAUCUGGAGACUCCAACCAGAUGGUCCAUAUGAACGUCCUCAUCACCUGUGUGUUCGCAGCUUUCGUCCUGGGUGCGUUCAUUGCAGGCGUGGCUGUAUACUGCUACCGUGACAUGUUCGUUCGCAAGAACAGAAAGAUCCAUAAAGACGCCGAAUCAGCCCAGUCGUGCACCGACUCCAGUGGAAGCUUUGCCAAGCUGAAUGGCCUCUUUGACAGUCCCGUCAAGGAAUACCAACAGAACAUUGAUUCUCCUAAACUCUACAGCAACCUGCUGACCAGUCGGAAGGAGCUGCCACCCAACGCGGAUACAAAAUCCAUGGUCAUGGAGCAUCGAGGCCAGCCUCCAGAGCUGGCUGCUCUCCCCACACCCGAGUCCACGCCUGUGCUCCACCAGAAGACCCUGCAGGCCAUGAAGAGCCACUCGGACAAGGCCCAUGGCCACGGUGCUUCGAGGAGAGAACACCCCCAGUGUUUUCCUUCCAGUCCUCCACCCCACUCCCCGCUAAGUCACGGGCACAUCCCCAGCGCUAUUGUUCUUCCAAACGCCACCCACGACUACAACACGUCAUUUUCAAACUCUAAUGCUCACAAAGCCGAAAAGAAGCUUCAGAACAUCGACCACCCUCUUACAAAGUCCAGUAAGAGGGAGCACCGGCGUUCUGUGGAUUCCAGAAACACCCUUAACGACCUCCUGAAGCAUCUGAAUGACCCAAACAGUAACCCCAAAGCCAUCAUGGGAGAAAUCCAUAUGGCGCAUCAGACCCUCAUGCUGGACCCCGUAGGACCUAUGUCUGAGGUCCCACCCAAGGUCCCUAACCGGGAGGCAUCUCUGUACUCCCCUCCCUCAACACUCCCCAGAAAUAGUCCAACCAAGAGAGUCGAUGUCCCUACCACUCCCGGGGUUCCAAUGACAUCUCUGGAAAGACAAAGGGGUUAUCAUAAAAAUUCCUCCCAGAGGCACUCUAUAUCAGCCGUGCCUAAAAACUUAAACUCACCUAAUGGUGUUUUAUUAUCCAGACAGCCGAGUAUGAACCGUGGAGGGUAUAUGCCUACUCCCACGGGGGCGAAGGUGGACUACAUUCAGGGGACACCCGUGAGUGUCCACCUGCAGCCUUCCCUCUCUAGACAGAGCAGCUAUACCAGUAAUGGCACCCUACCCAGGACGGGACUAAAGAGGACACCAUCCUUAAAACCUGAUGUGCCACCAAAGCCUUCCUUUGUUCCUCAAACCACAUCGGUCAGACCACUGAACAAAUACACUUACUAGGCCUCAAGUGUGCUAUUCUUGUGUGGCUUUAUCCUGUCCCUGUUGUUGAGGUCGCUGUGAGGGUACCUUAUGACAAGAUACCUGCUUGUAUUUUAAGAGAAACAAGUAGCCAAAGAAACUCUGUAACUUUGGUAACAUCAGAACUUGCCACAUGUAGCUACUGCAUCCUGGCUUCUGUGUACUUGCCUGAAGCAAAGGGAGGUUCUGGUCAUUCCAUUUCUCUUGUUUGACGCUGAAGGGGUGUGUAGCCUGGAAGGGCUCCCUUCGCCAGUAGAAAGAGCUGACACAGUACUCAGAAGACUGAACAAAUACUUGAAAAUGGGUUCAAUUUAGACUGCCAUUAUGUGUGGUCUUCCCAUUAAAUGUGAACAUUUUAAUAUGUAUGCAUUCACCUUGCCUCUUGCACAAAUGUCAAAAUGAAAAGAUGGGAAUGUCUCAAAACAAAAUGAGCUUGUAGAUUACCAAGCAGUUUGCUAAAAAAAAAAAAAAAAAAAUAUCAAUCUUUGACCCAAACUGUAGCAUUUUUUUUUUCAUGUGUGGCACUGUUUUUUUUAUUUGAUGCCACCAACAAAACUGUGUGAGAGGGGUGUGUGUGUG